AUUCUCAGUGCUUUGAAAUCCCUUAGAAUUGGUUUAACAAUCUUUUAUACUACAUCAUUUGUCUUAGGAGCCUUGAAAACUUCUAACAUCACCAUGGGAAGAACCUGAGGUUUCUUUACUCUCAAGAAAGGUACAUUCAGGGAAGUACUUACCUUUCAGAACUUGGGCCAGUAGAGAAUCUGGCUUGGAGUGAAUUCUCCAACCAAGUUUUGCCAGUAGAGAGUCAUUGUAAUCCUCAAGGUUUUUAAAACCCAAACCCCCCUAAGAACUUUGGUCGCGCCAUUGUGCUCCACGCUACCCAUGAUAUUUUCCUCUUAUCAGGUGCACUAUCCCACCAAAAGCGAGUGAGGAAUGACUGGAUCCUAUUACAGAGGGAGAUCGGGAACUUGAAGCUAGACAUGGAGUGUGUAGGUAGGGAAGUGAGUAUUGACUGCAGCAAAACGUGCUUCCCUGCGCCAGAGAGAAAACGUGUAGUCCAAGACUGAGAGCUCUGUCUGAUUUUAUCCACGAGGCCUGUAAACACAUCACUCUUUCUUCUACCAAAAGUUUCCGGUAAGCUUAGGUACUUGCCCAUUCCUCCUUCCUGCUCUAUACCUAGAGCUCUCUUGACUGUCCCCGGGGUUCUUAAGGAGAAGGUUACUGUCGAUUUUCUCAAGUUGAUGCACUGCCCUGAGCUACUCUCGUAUCUGCGGAGAAUUCCACUCAGUAUCUUGCAGUUUCACGCGUUAGUCUUGCAGAAGAACAUGGUGUCGUCAGCGAAGAGGAGGUGGUUGAUGAAUGGGCUUUUCUUUGCCACUUGAAGACCUUGGAGCCGAACAUUCUCUUGACUAUUUUUGCACAGACCUAACAGUAUCUCAGUGCAGAGAAUAAAGAGAUAGGGAAAGAGUGGGUCGCCUUGCCUUAGGCCCGAGAGAUAAAGAAAUUAGAACACAGAAAAGGGAGAAGAGAAAGAGAUAGAGAUAAGGGUAUUAUAGUCAUAAAAAAUAUUUUUUUUUAAACGGGUAUAUGGCAAAUUAUAUGAACUUUUGGGUGUAUCCACACCAAUUUCUCUAUCUUUCGAUCUCCAAAGAGUAAAAAAAGAAAGGAGGGAGUAUAAAGUGUUAAAAAAAAAAAGGAGGGAGUAUAUAACUGCUACUAGUAACUAAUCUGAAAAAGCAACUCUAUUAACAUCAGUCGCUCUUCUUCUUCCUUUUCUUCGCUUCAUCCCCAAGAAACAACAACCACUUCUUCUUCUUCCUUCUUUCGAUUAAGUUUCAUUAUGGCUGCUGCUGGUGAUUAUUUAGGGAUCAGAGACGAGCUGAUGGGAGCAGGAGACGAGCUGAUACUCUUACGUUACCUGAAGCCGAUGAUCGAUGACGGAGCAUCCUGGCCUCAACACUUCGCCGAAGACGCAGACGUGUUCAACAAGAAUCCAAGCAAGGAAUUCAAUCCUGAGAACACAGUCUUCGUGAUCGUUAAUCCUCGAACAGAGGCAUGUGGUAAAACCGAUGGAUGUGACUAUGGUAGCUGGAGGAUCAUGGCACGUGACAAACUGAUCAGGAACGAGGAGACCGGGAAGCUUCUAGGGUUUAAGAAGAUUCUCAAGUUCUGCGUAAAGAAGACGAAGACGAGAGGCAGAGAGUACAAGAGAAGCUGGGUUAUGGAAGAGUACAGGCUUCCGAACCCUAAGCAAGAUCACGUGAUUUGCAAGAUUCGGCUUUUAUUCCAAACCGAAAUAGGUUUCUUGCUAUCCAAGCAUUUCUCCUAUUCGUCUGGUCCGCUUCCUGCAAAACAGUCGUUGCCAGCUUAUGGAUACGGUUUUCCUAAUCCAGAAGACGAGGGUGCAUAUUAUCUGCAGAGCUUGAUCGAUCAUGAAAACGAAUGGCCUAGCUACGUUACCAACGACGUGUACUGCAUGCAUCCAUCGGCGCUUGUGGAUCCUCAUCGUGAUCAGAUGUUUGCACGAUUCGGACUCUGCAUCUUCGCUAACCGGACAGAGGCGUGUGGUUAUACCGAUGGGUGUGAAAGCGGUUGCUGGAGGAUCAUGGAGGGUGAUAAACCCAUCUCUUCGAUCAUGGUGGGUGAGAUGUUUGGUUACAGGAGGGUUUUCAAGUUUUGCGAAAAGGAUAUAGACAAGCACCUUGGUAAGGUCGACGGAGAAGUUAUGUUUCUGACUUGGAUUAUGGAGGAGUAUAGGCUUGCUGAAGAGGAGAUGAAGGAUAAAGUGUUGUGCGUUAUCAAGCUUCAUCGGAGGUAAAUAUCCAUUGAUCAUUGAUCAUUGAUUCAGGAGUCUCUGUGUGUGUGUGUUAAUUCUCCCUCUGUAUUCUAACUAUGAUAUAGUUUCUUAAUUCUCUAGCUAUUCAAUUUGGUUUAGACAUUUGUGGUUGCAGUUUCUUUUACACACAAUUGAGAACAAUAUUAGCAGCAUCCUCACAUAGAUUUGUCUUCUAAAUUUUCACAAAACUAUAAGAACUAAGGCAGACACCAGUAACUUACCUUGUGAAGUAACCCUGUUCAGACGAUGCAAGGCCACUCGCUCUAUUAAAUAUAAGAUCCUUCGCCAAACAACACAUUCUCUGACAUAAUCACAACACCUUCCCUUUUCUUUCUUUUGUUAUCAUCUUCUUAACUCUCGUUUCUUCUAUAGUUGUAGUGAGCUACUUCUCUGAAUUACUAUAACAAACGUACAUAUCCUAUGACCAAACAAUGAUGCUGCAACAUGGUGAGGGUUUGUACAAGAGUCAGUUCCCGGGAAAAGCUCAAUAACUGACGCUAUAAAGCUCAAUAUCUCGGCAGAAAAGAAACAAUCCAUAGGUAACAAAGCGCUUGUUUAUCUCACAUUAAUCCCUCAUUGUUUUUUUCU